AUGGAAAAUAUUUCAUCUACAAAAGUUAAAAAACUUAUCAAUAUCCAAGUCAAUGAAGAAACGCCCAUGCUUAUAAAACUUGACAUAAAUGCUAACUUAAAAGAGCUUCGGGUUUUACUAUCUAAAAACGAAAUCCAAAUGAACGACAACAUGAAUUUUUUGCGAUUUUCUGCUCGAAUCCCUAAAAGCGAAGAAUCAGAAUUUUUGCUAUCGGAAAUUAUUUUUGACGAUAACCUAAGAAUCAAAGAUAUGUUAGAUUGGAAAAAGAUAAUAGAAAAUAAUAGAUUAGAAUAUGGACUUCAUUUUACGGAAACAGGACCGGUAGAAGCAAAAGAAAAGGCGUUUAAUAUUUUGCGUUAUACACAGAAAAAUUUACCAUUGUCACCCUACUUUAAUGAAGUAGUAAAAUGUCAAACAGAAAUUGAAAAUUUGUACAUAAAAAAUUACAUCGCUACUACUACAAAUCUCAAUGAGAAAUUACCAGGUUUACCAACAUCAUCAAAAUACGAAAAGAAUCCAAAUAAGAAAAUUGAAACUGUUUACCAUAAAAUCAAAAGAGGAAAGGCAAUAUUAAUACUGGAUGUAUCGGAUUUAAAGCCGACCAAACAAUUCGUGAGUGCAGUUGAUAAGGCACUCGAAUCUAAUAAUAAACUUGCGCUUCUCAAAAAAAUUGCCGACGAUUUUGGAUACUUCUGGUGUAAGAGGCUUGAGAUUGGAGGUAUUAUCAUAUAUGAAGAAACAAAUGAAACGGGUUCAACAAAUAUACCAACACUUCAACCAGUUGGAAUUGGAGUUCCAGCGGGAGAAAAUGGCAACCUGGAAGCUUCAAAUAAUAGCUUUAAACUUUUAGUGGUACACGGUGGCUUAGAAAAGUACUAUCAUGAACAAGGAAUCGCUGGAUGGAUUAAAUCAUUAAACGAUUAUCGAAAUUGGAAAAUAGCUGAAUUUUCAGAAAUUCGAUCGAUAUUUGAUAUUCUCGAUGAUGAACGAAGAUUGAAAGUAUCGGAAGCACUUGGAAAACAAAUACUUGUUUCUCAAGUUGUUGAGCUUAACAUUACUUUUGACUUAUCUAAAAGAAAGCCAUUUAUGUAUGAAUUUCCUAGAAAUUUUAGAUUCUCAAACACAGAUCAAAUAUUUGUAACAGGGAUGAGUGACGAGAAUUCAAAGGCAGUAUUUGCGACUCGACUUCAUUAUGUUGAUGAUAGAAGCCAACCAGUAAUUCUUCUACAUCGAUUAGGAAAACUAAAAGAUAAAUCAACUUUAAAAGACUUUUCUUUAAAGUUAGGAUACAUUGUGGUUGGAAUAUCAACACUAAAUUUAUUUGAGCAGACAACUAAAAAGCUGGUUUUAGAAAGUGAAACGGUUUCAUUUAACAAUAAUCACUACUCGGUUAUUACUAAGAAUCAAGAGCGGGAUAUAAAUACCAGUUUAAUAUCAACUUGUGUUUCUAAAUCAAAAAAUUUGCAAAAUAAUCCGAAAUCUGAAUUUAUCAUGGGAGCUCAUUUUGGUUAUAGAGAUAAUGAAUUUAGUGCAUGCACAUAUUGUUAUGAUCAAAAAAUGAGACCGAUAUAUCAGUUCGAUAAGUCGGAUUUUUUUGUUAACUACAGUUUAAUUUCGGGACAACAAAAUAAUCGAUUUGGCCAAGCCCAAAUAACCAAAAAAAAUUUUGGCCUUCGUUUGCUACCUUCGAAAAAAUCUAAAAUCACUUUUGAAAAAUACCCACAAAUUGUAUCAACACAAGCCCUUCGAAGCCCACAACCCACCUUACAAAGUCCGGUUUUUAUAAGUUUGAUCCUGGAUAAUUGUCCAGAGAAGUGUGUCCAUGGCUUUUUCAAAAUAGCUCCCGAAUAUGCUGUGUUUCAAUCCCUCAAUAAUCCGAUUACUAAAAAUCAUCGAGUUGCGUAUUUUUCUGUAAACACAGAUUAG